UCCAUCAAAAUUUGACUUUAUUUACACAAAAUGUCGUGUCCAUUCUUAAAUAAGUUUAGUCACAAUUAUAAGCAACAAUAUUUACCCAUUUUAAAAAAACUCUACGGCAGCCACUGCCCUAUAGCAUCGAAGUCUUUAAAAGUAAAAACUUCCGAUAAAGAAGAAACCUCUGUUGGCCUAAAAUGCCCAUUUUUGCAAAAAGUACCACAAGCAGUGAAACAGGUGGAAUUUCAAGAAGUUAUCAAACCAGACUCUGAAGGCACGUUCAACUACAACUCAUUUUUCUCUGAUCAAAUACUCAAGAAGAAACAAGAUCAUUCCUAUAGAGUUUUUAAAAAGGUAAACCGCAUAGCGUCCGAGUUUCCAAAAGCAAUAAACCAUUCAGCAAACUUCUCUAAAAGCAUUACAGUCUGGUGCUCCAAUGACUAUCUAGGUAUGUCCAGACAUCCAGAGGUAAUUAAAGAGGCAGUAACAGCUUUAGAAACCUACGGAACCGGUGCUGGUGGUACCAGAAAUAUAUCAGGAAACUCCACCCUGCACGUGGAUUUGGAAAAAACGUUGGCACAACUGCACCAAAAGGAAUCAGCAUUGCUCUUCAAUUCUUGUUAUCUUGCUAACCAUACCACCCUCUAUACUUUGGGAAGGCUUUUACCAAACUGCCAAAUAUUUUCAGAUGCAGGAAAUCACGCUUCAAUGAUUCAAGGAAUCAAAAACUCGAGGGCUCAAAAGCACAUAUUUAGGCAUAAUGACUCGUUACAUCUUGAAGAACUUUUAAGCAAAGCUGAUCAAAACAUUCCAAAAGUUGUGGCAUUUGAAACAGUUCAUUCUAUGACAGGUAGAGUUGCUCCCAUUAAAGAACUAUGCGACUUGGCUCACCAUUAUGGUGCUUGGACCUUUGUGGAUGAAGUGCAUGCUGUAGGACUCUAUGGAUUAAAUGGAGCUGGAAUAGCAGAAAGGGAUGAAGUUAUGAAUGGAAUUGAUGUUGUAUCAGGUACUCUUGCUAAGGCUUUUGGACAUAUUGGAGGAUAUAUAGCAGGAACGUCUUAUUUCAUUGAUUUUAUUAGAAGCUAUGGUAGUGGCUUUAUUUUUACCACGAGCUUACCACCAGCAGUACUUGCUGGGGCCAAUAAAAGUAUUCAAAUUCUUGCUUCAUCCGAAGGAAGGCUUCUUAGAAAACGACAUGAAAAAAGUGUACAGUAUCUUAAGCAGAAACUGAUUGAAGCAGGAUUUCCUGUUGAGUGCUCUGAAAGUCAUAUAAUACCCAUAAGUAUAGGAAGCCCCUUCUUGUGUUCAGAGAUUAGCAAUAGGCUUAUAAAGAACAGGGGUCAAUAUAUACAGGCUAUUAAUUACCCGACAGUUCCUAAAGGUGAAGAAAAACUCCGGAUUGCCCCCACCCCGUUUCAUAGCCAAAGCAAUAUGGACAGAUUGGUGGAGGAUCUUUGGGAGGUAUGGAGGGAUUUAAGGCUGGAUUUCAAUAACCAGGGAAUGAUUCAGUAAAUAAGGUUCAAUUACAGUUAUAAGUAAAAUAUAUUAAUGAGUUCCGAAGAUCGUGUCAUCUAUUUUUCGUAGCAAGUAAAAAAAAAUAAAUCCCA